UAUACAAAUAAUAUUUAUAAUUCGUAAUGACUUGUGUUAGGCUAUUCUUAAAUCUUAUAUUUUAUAUUUUAGUUACUGAAUUAAAUGGUGAACGAGACCAUCUAGCUGAGAAAUAUGAGAAUGCCCGUAUAGAGCUUCUUCAUUUGCAAGGUCGUGUAUCCUCAUUAGCUGGAGACUUGAAUCGCAUGAAAACCGAAGAUGAUAAUAAAAUUCCAAUUGCUGUACACACUUCUGCCGUGAACGAGUGUCGGAGACUUUUCGAAGAACUCAAGUGUCGUUAUGAUGACGAACGUGAUACGUUGAUGCGAAGGUUGAUAACUUUCGAAGAGGAAAGGCCUACACUCGACAUCAGGAUCGUUACUCUGACCACCGAAUUAAAUCAACAGCGGUCCAUCAACAAAGCUUUGGAUUUACAGUGCUCGCAGUUAAAAGCAAAAUGUGACGCGUUGGAGAAACACCUGUUCGAUUGUGAGUCGGAAAAGAACACCAACAAGAAACAGUUGGCGGAUGCCAUGGUAUUCCUGCGAGAAACCAUCAACGAACAGGAGGCGUUGUUGCGCCGCGCGGCCGGCGAAGGCCGGAAUGACGCUUCGGCCGCUGUGUUGAGCGCCUCCAUAAGUGCCCGGGUGAAGGCCCUCACCGAACACCUGAAGUGCGUCGAACAAGGCGCACAUCAGGAAGUGAAUCGUUUGAGCGGCCGCCUGUACGAACAGUCUGCUGAGCUGGAACGAAUGAAGAAGACUUACGAGAACGAGAUCAACGCACUGAACAACGCCCUUCUCCAGAAGCAGAGCGUUAUAGACUCGAUGGACGCAAACCUGGAGAGAUAGCAAUGGUGCCCAUGCGCCGCUUUUUCUUCGUCGUGGUGCCGUAGUCUUAGUCAGUACAUAUUAAGAAGGGUAUGAGUAGAGGUUGUAAUAAUGUUGGAAAAGCCAAAUAAUAACUAAAAUAAUAUAUAUAAUAUAUAGCUUUAUAAAAAGACUUUUAAUCAAAAAAAAAAAAAUGUAACUUAACCUCAAAGAAUUAAAGUGUGUUCGUAUGAAAUAUGUAUUUUAAGUGUAAUAUGUUAUAAUAUGUAUUAUUAUUACUAUAACUAUUAUUAUUAUUAUUAUUAUUAUUAUUAUUAUUAUUAAUUUAUUAUUAUAAAAUUUUCGUUAUGUAGUUGUAGGAUUUUCAGAAAAUACUUCACGAGAAGACGGAUACGAUAACAAUUUGGUUAUUCUAUUGGUAUUUAUUAUUAUAUGUACAACAUAUCUAUACGAUAAUUAAAAGUAUUUACAUUAAUAAAAAUAAAAAUAAAAAUAGUAAAUAUAAUUCAUCAUUAUUAUAUAAAAAUUGUUUAUUACAUUUUAGGGGGUUAUUUGACUAGGAAGAAUAAUGAUGUCAUAUCGACGUAUCAUAAUAUUAUGACGUAUAAUGUAUACUGAGCGUAUCACAGAGAUCUGACAAUUUUACAGAGAAAAAAUACGUAAGUAUGAAUAUUAUGUCAGUUCCCCGAGGUACACUCGGCGUAUCAUGCU